AUGGCACCAUCCUCAAUCAUCAUCAUCGGCUCCGGCGUCUUCGGACUCUCCACCGCCCACGAACUCUCCCACCGCCCCGCCUUCACCACAACCACAAUAACCCUCCUCGACGCCCACCCCUUCCCCACGCCGCACGCCUCCUCAAUCGACUCAUCGCGCAUCAUCCGCGCCGACUACUCGGACCCGCUGUACGCCGCGCUCGCCGCCGAGGCCCAGCACCACUGGCGCUGCGCUGACAUCGGCGUCGGGGGCGUAUACACCGAGAGCGGGCUCGUCCUGGUAGGGGAUGACUGCGAGUAUGUCGCGAAGAGCAUGCGCAAUGUCGUGGCGCUGUUUGGCGCGGAGAAGAUACAGCCGCUGAGUGACGCCGCGGCGAUUCGCAGGGCGUGUGGGACGGGGGGAGUGACGGGUGCGAGCGGGUAUGUGAACCGGGUGUCGGGGUGGGCGGAUGCAGAGGCGGGGAUGCGGCGUCUGCGGGAAAGGGUUGAGGAAAGUGGGAGGGUGCGGUUUGUGGUUGGGGAGGUUGUGGGGCUGCUUGGUGGCGGGGACGGGGACGGGGACGGGGACGGGGACGGGGACGGGGACGGGGGCGUGGUGGAGGGGGUGGUGCUGAAGGAUGGGACGGAGAUGCGCGCGGAGCUGACGGUGUUGGCGGCGGGUGCGUGGUCGCCGGGGUUGGUGGAUCUGGGGGGGAGGGCCGUGCCGACGGGGCAGGUCGUCGGGUAUGUAGACCUCACCGAGGAGGAGCAGAGGAGGUACGAGGGCAUGCCCGUGAUCCUCAACUUCACCACGGGCCUGUUUGUGCUGCCCCCGCGCGGGAGGGUGUUGAAGGUUGCGCGCCACGCCCUCGGGUAUACGAGUGCCUGCGGGCCCGUGACGGGGCGCGGCAUCCCGCAGGAGGGCGAGGAGGCGCUGCGGGCGGCGGUGGCGGAGAUGGUGCCGGCGUUGGCGGGGAGGGGGUUGGAUAGGACGCGGUUGUGCUGGUAUACGGAUACGCCGACGGGGGACUUUUUGGUGUGCCAUCAUCCGCAGAGGAGGGGGCUGUUUGUGUGUACGGGGGGCAGUGGGCAUGCGUAUAAGUUUUUGCCGGUGCUGGGGAGGGAGGUGGUGGAUGUGUUGGAGGGGGUGGAGGGGGCGAGGUUUGGGGAGAGGUGGAGGUGGAGGGAGAGGGUGCGGGAGGUGGUGACGGGGGAUGGGAGUAGGGGGGGCGUGGGGCAGGUGGUGCUGGAGGAGGCGUGGGGGGCGGCGAGUGAUGGUGUGUGA